UGAGAAUGUCUGGGCACUGAUGGUAAGACCGAGCGCACCGGUCCCGGCUGGGCCCACAAGAGAUCAAAGUUUGAGACCUUCGCCAAUACGUCCGACGUCACAGGUGCUCUCAGAGGCUCCCUCCCUCAUGCAUCAGAAGAUGUGGCUCUAAAGCUCAAACUCGAGUCUCGAACGCCCAGGCACACAUUCCACCACAACGCCUGAAGUUCAAGGCUCCAAGGCACCAACACCUAAAACAUGCUCACCUCCUCGACUUCCCCCGCCAGACCUUCAAUCCAUAUAUACUAGUUAUUUCAUGGCCCUCUUGUCCCCAGCCAAGUAGAGGCCACCCCUCCUACCCGACUGGAGUGUCUGUGGCCGAGCUGGCUGGUGCGGGCAUUCGACAACCCCCCUUCGCACCGGUGACCGUGCACGAGUUCAAGCCUCGUGAUGCUCAAGUACUUUCGCUGGGAUAAUAAGAGAACGCGGAGGCUGCCGGUUUCUUUCCAUCAUACCCAACUGGGUGUGGUGGUUUCUUUUGCUCCUGCCGUAGCCAAUACGACCCGACUUUGCAAGGGUGUGGUUUUUGCACAAGCUUUCAAUGAUGCUGGAGUGAUGUAUGAGUUUAACCCAUUAUUCGAGUAUCUGCAGCGUGCGAAUCAGCGGAUCGGCUGCAGUGAAUACAUACACACAUGUACUAGCUUGCUCUUUGACUCCGAGUCACUCAUGUUGGUGCACAAUGACAUGUCGAUUCUGAUUAUUGGUCAAGAAGGCCCAAAGCUAUUCAUCAAGCCGAACACCACAUCCCCCCUCGUGAUCAACCAUCUUGAAAACAAGCCCGCUGAUCAUCAUAAUCAUCAAGAAUUGUAGUAACACGAAAACAUUAUCUCCAACUUCCCCUUCUCCUUCUCCGCAACAAUGCUUGGAUGGCUAGCCUUUCUCGCCUGCAUCUCCAACGCGU